AAGCUGAACAUUGUGUCAACAGACAACAGAAAUAAACUCAAGCUGUGAUUCCUCUUUACUAUUUAGUAUUAUUUAGUUUAUUUUUAAUAAUAUGGCAAAUUUACUAUUGAAAAAAGAUGGUAUUUGUAGAACCUGUCUGAAGGAAGCCGUUAAUUGUAAGUCAUUGUUAAGUAAAAUGGAGAACGACGAUAGGACUGUGUGCGAAGUUUUGAGUUUCAUUACGAGCUUUGAUAUAAUUAUAAGUGAAAAAUAUCCCAAACAGAUAUGUAACGAGUGCUUUAUUAUGAUACGGAAAACUGAAGAGUUCAAAACGCGUUGUAUUCAGUCAGAAACAUUACUAAAAAAUGAAUUUUUAAACUGCUCCGUGUUUGUUGACGAUUUUGUAAAGCAAGAUCUAAUCGCGAAUAACAAUUUAUCUCCGUCUUUCAAUAAUGAUGAUAGUUUAAGUAACGAGAAUGAUACACUUAAGCUUGAUGUUUUGAACGUGAUAAAACAGGAGAGAGAUGAUUUCUUACAAGGAGACAUAGAAGAUUUAUCCAAUACUAAUCUCAUUGAUAAAAUUGAAGUACCAGAAACAAGUCCUUUGAUUUGUCUUCCCAAAACUAUAGCAAGCGAGUAUGACAGAGAGUACGAAGAUAUAAAACAGUUCAAGUCGCAUUUGGAAAAAUGUAAUCAUGAAGAAAGCACCAAGAAGUGUGAAAAUUUAUUUGUUGUUUGCAAAAAAGAGACAGCAUGUUCGGAAUUAUUAAAAACAGGUUCAAAUACACACGAAAAUGCACAAAAUGUGUGUAACUUCGACCAAAACUUUACAAAUGGUUGUAAUAUUAGCAAUAAGUAUGACUUUAGUCAAGUAGAUAGCACAUGUAGCGAUGAGAUUUCUUGUACAACAAAAAUCUUUAACCAAGAAACUCCUGUUACAAAACAAAUAAGUAAUGAAAAAAAAUCAAACAGUUUGGCAAAGAGACGGGAAACACUAAAACCAGGUGCAGUUGAUGAGUCAUCAACAAUAUCCUGUCCUCACUGUACUCGGGUACUGCCAGAUGUGAAAGCAUUUGAAAAGCAUCUAGAAAAGCACAGAAAAUGUGCGAAAAAGAAAGAAUUCCAAUGCUCAAUGUGUUCUAGAAAAUUCCUAAGUAGAAAACUAUUGACGGAACACAUCAACUCGCAUCUAGAUAAAAAUGAUCAGAAAUUUGUUUGCACGACAUGCAAAAGAGAGUUCAAACAUCAGGCACAUUUAGAGAACCAUAUAGAAAAUGCGCACACCAAGAUAAAAGGCUUCAAGUGUGACACAUGCACUAAGAGCUUCUCCAACCAGGAAAGUCUUGAAUUCCACAAGAAACAACACACAAACACUAGGAAAUAUCAAUGCAAUGUCUGCAGCAAGACUUUUGCUGUACAUUCAGUGCUCAACGAACAUUUGCGGACCCACACAGGCGAAAAGCCGUUCCUCUGUUCGAUUUGCGGAAGAGGUUUCACACAGAAGACGAAUUUAGCCCAACACAUGAGGCGGCAUCAGGGAUUAAAACCUUACAAGUGUAGUAACUGUGAUAGAAGUUUUGUAUCUAAAGGCGAGCUCGAUGCUCACACUCGUAAGCACACUGGCAAGCAUCCGUUUGUAUGUGAUGAGUGUGGGAACGGCUUCACAACGUCUAGUUCAUUAACAAAACACAGAAGAAUACACACCGGUGAGAAAAGAUAUGCUUGUGAUCUGUGCUCAAUGAGAUUCACAGCUUUAGGGACAUUGAAGAAUCACAGACGGACACACACCGGGGAGAAGCCGUACCAGUGUAUGUUGUGUGAGAAGGCGUUCAUUCAGCGGCAGGAUCUUGUGGGUCAUAUCAGAUGUCACACCGGAGAGAGGCCCUUCACCUGCACGAGCUGCGGGCAAGGGUUCAGGAAGUCGUCAGCUUUGAAAGUGCAUUUAAGGAGUCACGGGAACGACAUGCUUGUUAUGUGAAAGCAUCACCGGCCUCAGUGUAACUAUUUAUAUAUUUUGUAAUUUCAAAUAACUUUUUGUGUACAUUUUGACCAGUUUCUGUGUACGUUCAUUUGUAUGUUACGUUUAAUUCUAAAUCAUAUAUGAUAAAUAAUUACGUUACUGUUGAAAAGGUUCAAUGGGUGCCAUUUAGUACAGUAUUUUUUUUUUAGUUACCACAAUAUAUACAAACUAUUUAGUGAAUUAUACAGAAGAUUAAUAUCGUGCAAAAUUAAACUAUCUGUGCCAACUAUAGAUUUAAAAAAAAGUGCAUUUAUAUGUAAUUAUGUUCACUAGGUAUUAUAACUAUUUUUAAUCUGUCUUGCUUAUUCGUUACUUCAUGAGCUAGUAUUACCGGACUUGUAAUGGCAUUCUAUAUUGGCAUAUGCAUAUUAAAUUGUCAUACUGUUGUGAUGAGAAUUUUUUUAGUAAAUAAUAUAUUUUUUUAUUGUCAAUAAAAUCGAAUAAUUUUUAUCAAUAAUUUAUUUUCCAGCACAAAACAUACACAGACGAAUACUUGUUUAAAACAGCUACAUUUAUAUUAAUUAAGAAAUUUAAACGGGCAGUUUCAAAUCAUAAGGUGGCAAACAUUAAUCACUAUGGGAUUUAUAUAUAUAUAUAUAUAUAAUAAUUUAUUUUUAACAGACAGACAUAUCCACUAACUGUUUACAGUGAAAAAAAAUUCUAUAUACCUCAAACAGAAAUUUGAUUGACCUAUUCUAAAAGCAAAAAUUUAAUAAUAUUGUAAAUUAA